UUCUUUUAUAUAAUUAUAUUUAGAGAAAUGUAUUAAUAAUAGACAAUAGGUGUCUAAUAGUAAAUUUGAAAGGUUACUGGUUUCAAUUAGAGAAAAUAAUUCCAUUUCUGCUUUAAUGUAGAAUUAUAAGACAGAAACGAUUUCUAAUUCAAUAAGGCUAACAUUAGCUGUAAGCCAUAAGCGCUUUUCCUGGAAGGCAAAAUCCCCUCACCCACUAGCCGCUUUACCUGACGGUAAAAGUUCCUAUAUGCUACCGUCGAGUUGGAUAUGCGUACGAUAUACAUACCACAAUAUUCAUAUCUUCACAUACGAUUUGCGACCUGAUCUAAAUUAUACAACUAGAUUUUCGAGGAAUAGAAGCGUCUUAAGAGUGACUGAAUCAUUUCGAUUCUUUGCAAUGCUGCUUCCGCUUUUAAAAUCUACAAAUGCUCUGUACAUCAUAAUAAAUUAUAGAAAAGCCAGGAAUGUUACGUUCCAUGUGCGUGUUUCGACCUCGUGUUUCGAGAAGUCGAACGGAGGCAGGAUCAACUUGAAGAGAAAGGCGAAGAAAAAUCGGGGCUCCAUGCUGGCUGCUACGGCGAACUGCUAAGCGGCACGCAAGCAAGCAGUCAGACAUUCACAGCAGACAACAUGGCGCCGAGAGCGUCGUCGUCGUCACGCCGGCGUGACGUUUCCCGCGCGCGUCAUUAACGGAAGUGAACCCACAAAAUGGCGGAGUUUUACGGCGCUGAGGUGUGAAAGGGAAGAGAGAAAGGAGAGAACAGGGAGGGUAUCUAUGCCUGCGGGCAGUUAGGUAGGCGAUCGAGGCAGUAUGACGAGGACCCUGUAGAAAGAGAGGAGGUUAGGUCGGUGGCAUAGAGAAAGAAGAAUGACUGGUAGCCGCCUUCGGCGGUAGACUAGUGUUCGUCGUACUGUACGAAUGGAGCAACGAUGUGUUGAGGGGGCGACCAUUAGAUAGAAAGAGCUAAAAUGACGAAGGCGAUACGUCGAACGCAGAUAGUGCUAAACGAAGUGACGAGCGAGGUGGGGAUACAUAGAAGAGAGGCCGGGAAUGCGAGGAGAGAGGUUUGAGGGAACGAGAGAGCAAGAGACGGCAAUAGAGCGGAGGGGAAAGACCAGUGAGAAGCAGCGGCAGACUCGCCGGUGGGGAUGAAAAUUAGUUACGGCAUCCAAGACCUAAAAGGAACUCCGGCGCCGCACGGUCAGAUCGCAUCGUGCAAUGUUAAGCGUUAAGGUAGCCUCGUGCGUCGUUGACAGUGCCGGUUUCGAACUUUGUGAUAGCUGUAACCUGCGUCGUCAUUAUACUCGGACUCGUGAGCGACGUAACGGUCAUUGCGCUACGGGUGCGAAAAAGUUAUGUGUGUAUAAUAUUUUAAGUAAAAACUUUAUUCUGUGAGUGAGAGAUGCUUAGUGAAGAUAAUUCAGUGAAAAUGAUUCAUUCGAAGCACCAACAAUCAGUGCAUCAACAACACCAGCAGCAAAAUAUGCGAAAAUCUGUGGGCGUUAUGGGUACGAGGCGUAUCUUCACAACUGCUUUUAAAAUCAAAGUUCUGGAUUCCUAUAGGCACGAUAAAGAUUGCCGCCAAAAUCAACGUGCUACCGCGAGAAAAUACGGUAUUCAUCGUCGUCAAAUACAGAAGUGGCUACAAUGUGAAGAACAACUCAGAAAUAGCGUUGAAAAUGGAAAUACUGGGGCCGUUUCAUCUGCGACUGUUUCCCCAACGAGCAUUUCUAAAUCGGAUAGUACUGUGACGGAAGCCACAAGGAGUACCGUGACUCCAGCAACGCCGGCCUUGAACCUCAACCUCGCCAGACAGCACGGCGACGAGCUGACUACACAGCAAGGGCCCCCACCUUCUCAUCCUCCGCAUGGCAGUGCACCCUCCUCGCCCCAAUAUAGCCUUCAGACCACUACCACUGGCACGGCUUUGCCCCUAUGCUUGACAUCUGUGGUCUAUCAAGAAUAUUCAUCGGAACAACGUCUUCGUUUGAUUGAAGAAGAUAGAGUUCAUAUACCAGAGGUUCAUAGAUACUCAGACGCGCAAGUAGAUCAGGAAUGUAAUUAUUAUGUAUUGAACGGAGACGGACAGCGAGAUGCAGAAGCAGCCCCAGUAUUCGCUGGUAGAAACGAGGUGAAGGUAUAUCAAACUUUGACGAGCUACCAUUCACCACAUCAAGAGCAUCGAUAUGGCACGAAUGAUAUCAACAACAGCACGCAUAAUCAUUCGCCGAAUCAUCAUCACCCGCAGCAGCGAGAACAAAGUUAUGGGAACGUCGAUUCAUUCGACGGGAGAUCAUAUAGCCUGCUACUAGCGCCGUCGAUGAUAAAGACAGAGCCAGCGAGUCCAGACACAGCGGCGACGUCAGGUCCGUACGAAUCGGCGGGAUCUCCCAGUGGCCCACGGGCCCCACUCUCACCGAUACCACAUCGAAGCGCCGAUAACGGUGGCUCGUCGUCGUCGUCCGUUCACUUUGUGGACCCCUCACGAACCCCUACGAGCCCGUACCUGCAUGUGCACACGCAUGAACACGCACACACGUGUCCACCGCUGAAUUCCGACAAGUCGAUCCCGUCGCUUCUGCAGCAGGAGAGGAGAGAGUCGGAUGAGACGACGCAGCAUAUCGAGGAAAAGAGAGAGGAGGAGAUACAAGAGAAGACGGAAUACUGUACGACAUUGAUCAAAGAAGAGGUGCAUUUGGAAGAAGAGCCGUAUGACGAUGGGGAAGCAUCUUCGUGUAUUGACUAUCAACGACCACCUGUUAGCAGGUCGUCACCAGAUAGUUCAGGUCCCGUAAGCCCUAUAUACGAUCGCAAUGGUUACUCUUUGCCUUCGAGUCCUCGUGAUUCCGCCAGCGCCGGAAGAUCCAGAAGUAGCUGGUCUGAUAGCGAGAUGGAUCCUCUCAUUUCCUCCAACAGUUUGAAUUCAUCCGGCAAUUUUACUCGCAGACGAUCUUUUCCUUUGCGUUUUAAACUCGACGUUCUCGAUGCUUUCCAUCAUGACAAAGAGGUAAAAGAUAAUCAACGAGCUACUGCAAGAAAAUUUGGCAUAAAUCGUCGUCAAGUACAAAAAUGGUUAGAACAAGAAACGGAUCUCAGAGGUGAGAUUGCCCUUCGAGGAGAUUCGCGUCAACGAUUGGGCCCUAUCCAGGAUGUCGCUUCCGGUGACUCACCGUUGGAUCUGACGAUAAGUUACGCUUCGAACUGUGUUUCAUUGUUGCGUGACCGACUUGAGACCGAACAUGAACAGUCGCCAUCGCAUGCCUAUCGUUGCGAUGUUGGUUCCGUUUCUUCUCAACAUCCCUUGUACUAUCAAUAUAACGCUGGAAUAGAGCCAUCUUCCGAAGUGGAAUCCGUAGGGCCCUGCAAUCUAUCUUGCUCUGCGGAUAGCCGUACUACAACAUCGACGACAUCUUCGUAUUCGGAACUAUCUUUAAAAGAAUCUUGCUACACGGAGCCUUCAAUUAAGACAUAUUGUUAUUCGCCUAGGGCAAACUCCGUGGUUUCUAACUUUUCCGAAGGAUGCGAGCAAAGAUUUUCACCUUUGAAGAGACAACAUUGUAUAUUUUCUUGUUGCUACGAUAUGAUACCAUCGCCGAAAAGAUUUUGCGAUAGAUUUUUAGACGUAGACGAUGUACCUCCUCAACUCACGCCUCUCUGUCUUGUAAAGCCGAAAUUGACACGGGAAGUCUCCCCUUCACAAACGGAAUUGAUUACAAAACCAAUCAGUAAUGUAUCGACUUCGAAUAAUCCUGAUGCCAUCACCUUCAAGCCUUAUUUAGAUAAUCCUGUAAGUAAACCCACGAAGAAAUGCGUUGUUCAGCGCGAUUUAUCUCCUAUCAGUGGUCAUAAUAUUAAUAAUAAUAAUAAUAAUAAUAAUAAUAAUAAUUGUCAGAUAAUUUGUAAUUUAAAUGAAACUCAAAAUCACGAUUAUGAUUUUGAGCUUAAUUUACAAGUGCCGGUUUCUUGGAGGCCUGAUGUAGGUUUAUAUACAAGACUCCCGCAAAGAAGUGCAUUUGUUAGCGUAUCCUCACUUUAUAUGUAACUUCUUUCUAAAUCUCUAUCGUUAAUGAUGAAAUUUGAUAGUAGAACAUUAUAAAUUUAUGAAGCAAUUAUCUUUUAGUCAAUAUUUCUUUCGUUCUAGUUUAUUUAAAUGUAUUUCUCUCUCGGCGUAGGGAAAAAAACACGGAAACGAUCAGAUUAUAUUAUAGUUAAUUGGCUCGAGGGUGUAAAAAUUGGGCUUACAGGUUUCUCGGGUGAGAAUGUGCCGGCGAAAGAUCGAUUGGUGCGUGAUCUACUACACGUAGCAGACCACGUAAGCACUUAUCGUUUCCACGGAUCGUUGGUACCGCGUUAUACAUCGCGAUAAAGUCUUAAUCGGCCAUUGGACGAACCGAGGCGUGGAAGGAGAUUUUACAUGGUCGCGUCCUCGGCUGGCGUCUUCUAACUUCACCAGAUCUGCUUGAUUCUCUUCCCCUCCACCAUUCCAUCCGUUCGCUCCUCUCGAAAAAUCGUAUAGAUAUCCUGGUAGAUCUUUUUUCAUCAUUUAUCAUCGAGAUUAGAGAUCGGUGGUUAUCGGCUAGGCCGUUUAGAGGUCGAAUGCGUUUGCUAUAAUUACAGAAUUAUGUCAGAGAGCGCAGUCGUCUACUACGUCGCAUCAAAGAAAAGUUCGCGGAAAGAAAGCCGAAAAAUUUCGUAAAAUGCGAUGAAUUUAUUCUUGCAGCAUGAAACGUGAUGAAUAAAAAUUGAUAUUGUAGUCUUAUAUAAUAUGCAAGAUAUUUUUGAUUUGGCAUAGUCCAUGAGUACGAGUCUAUUCGGUUUCUUAUAUCAUCAUUGUACAUUGUGCUGCAUGGAUUACAUCAGACGAAAACAAUAUUUUUGGAAACGAUAUUUCUUCCAUUUUUUGUUUUCUACGGGAAUCUAUUCACCGACGGACGUUGACCGUACUAUUUCUUGGUAACACGCCACCCAUGACUUUCCGCGAACUGGGCGCGUGAUCGCAUUCAUCGCUGGUUACGAAUAUGCAUUCUAUCUGCAGAAAUCGUUUAAUUGCUCAAACAAUUUCUUCCAUGUGCGCACAUGUGUCACACGCGUACCACCAUUAUAUAAUGAGACUUUGUCAUUUUCUCCCCGCCUUCUUAUCGUUUAACAGUUGUCUAUCUUUUGCUCUUUUGUUCUUUCUUUUCAUUGUUCUCUCUUAGUUGAUGGUCUAUUUGUAUAUAUAUAUAUGUAAAUAUGUAAAUAUCAAAAGAAACGGGAAGAAAUGUGACAUUGUUGAUUUUUCGCCGCACCGAGGACUAUUGCAAUGCAUUCGGUGAAUAUAUGUAUUAUAAUGUUAUUUUAAAUGUUUAGAGUUUAAUCGAUUCUUCCUCGGGGAGAAAUAUUCUAUUUUUAUAUGAUCCCGUCUGAAAAAACAAAAAGUAAAAAAAAAAGUUAUAAGAGAGAAGAUGAAAAUUUGAAAUAAAAUGAACCACUUCCGCAGAGGCCAUUUCUCGUGCCUUUUUUAUAUCGGUACAAGAUAUGAAUCAUUUUUUACGAAUGGACGCAUAUAUUUAUGGGUUUGUAAUAGUGCAUAUAUUAAUAUUUCUAGGAAAUAAGACAUAGAUACGACAGAAAGAAAGAGUAAACAGAUUUGCUUAUUAUGCACUUCGAAAUUGAUUUGGCAAAUAAUAAUG